AUGAUUUGUUCUCUAUCUCUACUUCACGUAUCCCCUCUUCACCACAGACCCUCUCCCACUCCAAAUCCCUCGACCCAUCUUCUUCACAACUUCACCUCCCCGUUUGAGCUGAAGCAAGUGCAUGCCCAUCUCCUCAAAACCAACUCUCCCCUAUCUUCUCUCCCUCUUUCACGUGUUGCUUCUGUUUGUGCUUUCAAUUCCAGUUUCUCUUACGCCAAGCUGAUCUUCGAGCUUGUGGACGCAUCCGAGGUCACCCACUGGAACACUUGUUUGAGGUCUUUUGCUGAGGGAGAUUCCCCUGCUGAUGCCAUUUCACUUUUUUAUCGGUUGCGUGAGUUUGAUAUUUGCCCAGAUAAUUACACUUGUUCCUUUGUUCUCAAAGCUUGUUCUAGGUUGUUGGAUAUUAGGAAUGGUAAGAUUGUUCAUGGGUAUGUUGAGAAACUUGGUUUGCAAUCGAAUAUGUUUUUGCAGAACAUGAUUGUUCAUUUGUAUGCAUCGUGUGGCGAAAUUGGAGUUGCCCGUAAGGUGUUUGAUAAAAUGCCACAAAGGGAUGUGAUAACGUGGAAUAUUAUGAUUGCCCGAUUGGUUAAAAUGGGUGAUGCUGAGGGGGCUUACAAGUUGUUUGCUGAAAUGCCCGAAAGGAAUGUAAGGUCGUGGACUUCAAUGAUCGGUGGGUAUGCUCAAUGUGGGAAAUCUAAGGAGGCUAUCGAUCUAUUUUUGGAGAUGGAAGACGCUGGUUUGUUGCCCAAUGAAGUAACGGUGGUGGCUGUUCUUGUAGCUUGUGCUGAUAUGGGUAACUUGGUUUUGGGGAGGCGAAUACAUGAUUUCUCUAACCGAAGUGGCUAUGAGAAAAAUAUUCGUGUUUGUAACACUCUGAUUGAUAUGUAUGUGAAAUGUGGGUGCUUGGAGGAUGCUUGUAGGAUCUUCGACAACAUGGAAGAACGUACAAUUGUUUCCUGGUCGGCUAUGAUUGCAGGACUUGCGGCACACGGACAGGCCGGUGAUGCUCUUGCACUGUUCAAUAAAAUGAUAAACACAGGCGUGAAACCCAAUGCAGUGACUUUCAUUGGUAUCUUGCAUGCCUGCAGCCAUAUGGGAAUGGUAGAGAAAGGUCGUAAAUAUUUUGCUAGCAUGACUAGAGAUUAUGGGAUAGUUCCUAGGAUUGAACAUUAUGGAUGUAUGGUUGAUCUUUUUAGCCGCGCAGGGCUGCUGCAAGAGGCUCAUGAAUUCAUCAUGAACAUGCCUAUUGCACCUAAUGGUGUUGUUUGGGGAGCCCUCCUUGGUGGUUGCAAAGUUCACAAAAACAUAAAAUUAGCGGAAGAAGCCACCCGUCACCUCUCCAAAUUGGAUCCGCUAAAUGAUGGAUACUAUGUGGUUUUAUCAAACAUCUAUGCAGAAGCAGGGAGAUGGGAGGAUGUAGCACGGGUGAGGAAGUUGAUGAGAGAUAGAGGGGUAAAAAAGACACCUGGCUGGAGUUCGAUCAUGGUGGAAGGAGUUGUUCACAAUUUUGUUGCAGGGGAUGAUACCCAUCCUCAAACUGAGGAAAUAUCCCAGACAUGGGAGAAGUUGCUUCAGCGAAUGAAGCUUAAAGGAUAUGUGCCCAACACCUCAGUUGUGUUGCUUGACAUGGAAGAGGACCAAAAAGAGAAGUUUCUCUAUCAGCAUAGCGAGAAGUUAGCAGUAGUCUUUGGAUUAAUCAAAACAACACCUGGCACUGUUAUUAGGAUCAUGAAGAAUCUACGUGUCUGUGAGGAUUGCCAUGCUGCUUUGAAGAUCAUAUCAGUUGUCAGUACUAGAGAGAUAGUUGUUCGUGAUAGAAACCGAUUCCAUUGUUUCAAAAAUGGUUAUUGUUCUUGUGGUGAUUACUGGUAG